AUGUCUCGUAGUCACGAGGUCAUCUCAUCACAAACACAAUACCAAGCAAGCAUACAAAGGACACAUGGGUCGGCGGAAUCUUCGGUACAACAUCCAUUAAGCUUCAUCGACAUCCCUUCUGUAAUCCACUUGCAUUUCCAAAAGAGAGAGAUCGACAUCAAUCUCACCAUUUCCGGCAAAGUGUCAACAGGAACAAGGGGGAGAAAUAAUAUAAUGCCAACUUCCCAAGCAAGAAAGGCGGAGAGCUCGAUACCCACAGUUUCCCAGUAUGACCCAAAGAAACUGAUGAAACAAAAUCGGUAA